AUGGCUUCUUCUAAAGAGGCGUCAGAUGAGGCCCCGUCGGUCAAUGAUGCGUCCACGUCGACGGUCGUUCCGGAUGGAGGCCUCCUGGCUUGGCUACAAGUUGCAGGUCUCAUAGCCAGCUUUGGAUCCUUUCAGACCAUUUACGAAAAUGACGAACUUUCAAGCCGCACACCAUUCCAGAUUUCGGUCAUUGGAUCUCUCCAGACCUUUCUCAUGGUGUUUUCAGGUUUCGUAAUGGGACCAAUCUACGAUGCAGGCUACUUUCGUCAUCUUCUCGCCGUGGGAUCCUUCUUCAUUGUCGUUGGCACGGUACUACAAAGUCUGUGCAAUCGAUACUGGCAGUACAUUCUCACGCAAGGCUUGAUGAUUGGUAUUGGAGCUGGUUGUCUCUCGAUCCUGAGCGUGGCCAUCACCUCGCUCUGGUUCACCACCAAGCUACCUCUUGCCAAUGGAGUCGCCGCGUGUGGAAGCGGCCUGGGCGGUGUCUUGCUGCCAAUCAUGGUUCGAGAGAUACAUGCGAAGUCUACUCUCCCAUGGGCAGUUCGCGCCGUUGCUUUGCUUCUCCUCGUCAUGCUGGGUUUCGCGAAUAUCGUCCUCCGACCCAGAGGCGCUGCCAAAGAGAAACGUCAGCGACGUUCACUUGUUGACAGAACCGCCUUUACUGACUGGCCGUAUCUACUUUUCGUAGCUGGCUGUUUUUCAGUAUUCUUGGGCAUGUACACGCCGUUUGUCUAUAUCCAACCAUAUGCCCUGGGUCAAGAUAUCGUAUCGCCGAAGCUGGCUCUGUAUCUGCUCGCAAUUCUCAACAGCAGUUCAAUCUUUGGGCGCAUCUUUCCCGCCCUCCUCGCUCAAAGAAUCGGACCAAUGAACAUGAUCAUUGCUACUGCCGUAGCCCUAGGCAUCACUAGUUUAUGCCUCAUGUCGGCUACCUCUCUGCCUCGACUACUCAUCACCGUCCUGGUUCACGGCUUCUUCACGGGGUCAUUCUUCGCUUUGCAGCCGACCAUCUUUGUGAGGUUGGCGAGUGAUCCCAGGAUGAUUGGAACGAGGUUUGGCAUGGCAUUUUCUGUCAUGUCUUUUGCGCUUCUGUUCGGUCCGCCCGUGGCCGGAGCAUUGCGUAGGGCAAAGGGGUAUAACGGCGCUUGGAUUUGGGCCGGCUUAACUAUCUUGGUCGGAGGAGGCCUGAUCUUGACGAGUCGACUCUUCAAGGGAAGGGGGACCUUGAGGAUAUAG